CAAGCUUCCCCGGAACUUUUUCGGCCCACCGCCCCGCCCCCUUCCCAUUCCCUGUCCCCACCCCCCUUCCGGCCCCCGGGACCCCAGCCGACUGUUGUGGUCGCUUCCCUGCUUCAGCCGGGGUGUGGCUGCUUGCGGAGCUUGUGGAGGCCGGUGAGUUUGAAUUCCUGGGAUCAGCUUCUUAGCCGAGUGAGAGGACACCUGCCAGGUGCUGCCGGACGUGAUGUUUUACCGCUUGCUGUCGGUGGUCCGAAGACGGAGCAGCAGCCGAGGAUGGCAGAAAUGGUCCUCGGCCAGGAGCAGUGCAUCAGCUGCCGAAGUACAUUCUGUGGCCCUGCCUGCCGAGGCACAGGUGGUCAUCUGCGGUGGUGGCAUCAUGGGCACAUCCGUGGCCUAUCAUCUCUCCAAGAUGGGCUGGAAGGAUGUUGUCCUUUUGGAGCAGGGCAGGCUGGCUGCUGGCUCUACGAGGUUCUGUGCCGGCAUCCUAAGCACUGCCAGGCACUUGACUAUUGAGCAGAAGAUGGCAGACUAUUCAAACAAACUCUACCAUCAGUUAGAGCAAGAAACAGGGAUCCAAACAGGUUACAUAAGGACAGGCUCCAUCUUUCUGGCCCAAACUCAGGACCGCCUGAUCUCCCUGAAGCGCAUCAACUCAAGGCUGAAUGUUAUAGGCAUCCCUUCCGAGAUCGUCUCCCCCAAGAGAGUGGCUGAACUUCACCCUCUCCUCAACGUGCACGACCUGGUGGGGGCCAUGCAUGUUCCCGAGGACGCGGUGGUGUCCUCCGCCGACGUGGCUCUUGCCCUGGCGAGUGCCGCCUCCCAGAAUGGUGUUCAGGUCUAUGACCGCACAAGCAUUCUUCAUGUUAUGGUCAAAAAAGGUCAAGUCACUGGUGUGGAGACAGAUAAAGGACAGAUCCAGUGCCAGUAUUUUGUCAACUGUGCUGGUCAGUGGGCAUACGAGCUGGGUCUGUCCAACGAGGAGCCGGUUAGCAUCCCGGUCCAUGCCUGCGAACACUUCUACCUUCUGACUCGCCCCUGGGAGACCCCUCUGCAGAGCAACACACCAACUGUGGUGGAUGCUGACGGCAGAAUUUAUAUCCGCAACUGGCAGGGCGGCAUCCUGUCCGGGGGCUUCGAGAAGAACCCGAAACCGAUUUUCACUGAGGGCAAGAACCAGCUGGAGAUUCAGAAUCUGCAGGAAGACUGGGAUCACUUUGAGCCCCUGCUGAGCUCCCUCCUGCGCAGGAUGCCGGAGCUGGAGCGUCUGGAGAUCCUGAAGCUGGUCAACUGCCCCGAGACCUUCACCCCAGACAUGAGGUGCAUCCUGGGCGAGUCUCCUUCCGUGCGGGGCUACUUCGUCCUGGCGGGAAUGAACUCCGCCGGCCUUUCGUUUGGUGGAGGAGCGGGGAGGUACCUCGCUGAGUGGAUGGUGCAUGGCUACCCCUCAGAAAGCGUCUGGGAACUGGACCUGAAGCGUUUUGGAGCCCUCCAGAGCAGCCGCACCUUUCUUCGACACCGGGUCAUGGAAGUCAUGCCUCUGCUGUAUGAUCUGAAGGUUCCCCGUUGGGACUUCCAGACCGGGAGGCAGUUACGGACCUCUCCUCUCUAUGACCGGCUGGAUGCGCAAGGAGCCAGGUGGAUGGAGAAACAUGGAUUUGAGAGGCCCAAGUACUUUGUGCCGCCAGACAAGGACCUCCUGGCCUUGGAGCAGAGCAAGACUUUCUACAAGCCAGACUGGUUUGAGAUUGUGGAGUCUGAAGUCAAGUGCUGUAAGGAGGCCGUGUGUGUCAUCGACAUGUCCUCCUUCACAAAGUUUGAAAUAACAUCCACUGGGGAUCAGGCAUUAGAAAUUCUCCAGUACCUGUUCUCCAACGACCUUGAUGUGCCCGUGGGCCACAUCGUGCAUACCGGCAUGCUCAACGAGAGUGGAGGAUACGAAAAUGACUGCAGCAUAGCCCGGCUGAGCAAGCGCAGUUUCUUCAUGAUUUCUCCAACCGACCAGCAGGUCCACUGUUGGGCCUGGCUAAAGAAAUACAUGCCAGAAGACAGCAACCUCAUUCUAGAGGACGUCACCUGGAAAUACACUGCCCUCAAUCUGAUUGGUCCUCGAGCUGUGGACGUCCUGUCCGAGUUGUCCUAUGCCCCGAUGACUCCAGACCACUUCCCAAGUCUGUUCUGCAAGGAGAUGAGUGUGGGCUACGCCAACGGCAUCCGGGUGAUGAGCAUGACGCACACGGGCGAGCCAGGGUUCAUGCUGUACAUCCCCAUAGAGUACGCCCUGCACGUGUACAACGAGGUGAUGAGUGUUGGGCAGAAAUACGGAAUCCGGAAUGCUGGGUAUUAUGCUCUCCGUAGUCUCCGAAUUGAGAAGUUUUUUGCCUUCUGGGGUCAAGAUUUAAACACACUCACCACGCCCCUGGAAUGUGGACGAGAGUCUCGGGUGAAGUUAGACAAGGGGGUGGACUUCAUUGGGCGAGCUGCCCUCCUGGAGCAGAAGCAGAACGGGGUGUACAAACGCCUCACCAUGUUCAUCCUGGACGACCAUGACACAGACCUGGACCUCUGGCCUUGGUGGGGGGAGCCCAUUUACCGAAACGGGCAGUACGUGGGCAAGACCACCAGCAGUGCCUACGGCUACACCCUGGAGCGCCACGUGUGCCUGGGCUUCGUGCACAAUUUUUCCGAGGACACGGGGGAAGCACAGGUGGUGACAGCGGAUUUCAUCAACCGGGGAGAAUAUGAGAUUGACAUCGCGGGACACCGGUUCCAGGCCAAGGCCAAGCUCUACCCCGUCCCCUCCCUCUUCACCCAUAAACGCCGAAAGGAUGACAUGGAGCUAAGUGACUUGCAUGGAAAGUAAUGCCAGGCCAGUCUCCCGCCUCCUCACCUUCUCAUCAUCUCAGGAGCUUUUCUUCUCCUCCUGGUCCCAUCCCUCUUCUGGAUUUAACCUUGGCCUCCCACCUCUUAGCUCCUUGAUAGAAUUUUAAGCGUUUAAGCGUGUCCUUUGCACCCUCUCGCUUCCCUGCUGGAGUUUGCCCAUCCCCCGAUACUCACUCUGGGCUGGUCGCGCGCUCCCUUAGUGACAGGAAGGCAGGGUGGGCGAAGCCUCCACUUGCGGACACGGGUUACGGUGGCAGCCUAACGUCAGAUGCUGUGUUUUGGAAGCGGGGGGGCUGGUGGCCUCCAGGCCUCUGGGUAAGAGUCCAUCUCUGUGGGGCUCACUUUUCUCCGAGGAACCUGUCAGUGCUGGUGGGUCGGUGCCAGUUUGGGACUAGCCCCCUUUGAGCCUGGCAGCCCCUUCUCCCACGCCGUCGUGCUGGGGGUUGGCACCCCGACACCUCUAGCAAGAGGAUGACCAUCUACCUCAGUGGUGGUAUGGGGUGGGCGUUACCUGUGGGUUUGAGGAUAUAGUUACCUGUCCUGGGCUCCGUAACGAGUCGCUUAUCAAGACUGUUGGGCCAGAGCCAUCUGCCUAUCACUUUCUUCAUCUCUUGUGAAUCUCUGUAAGCAGAAGGGUUUGGUGGGUCUUUUGAUCUAGGUUAACAAGGCAGCCUGAGUUUGCAAGGGAAAGACCAUGUUGCCGUCUGUGUUGCUACUGCCCGCAAACAGCACUGAGUUUUCAGUGCAAACACGACUGCUCUUCCUCCAGCUCCCUGAGUCGAGCCCUCCGACCUUGGCGCGCCUCUUCUCUAAGUGCAUGGGACGCUCGGUUCAGCCUACUGUCUCCCCACCUUCCCUCCCUUUCGAACAAGGUUGGGGAGGCAGGACAAGCGUCCUUGGGGCCAUGCUGCGUUGAAGAGAGCUACUAGGACCCCAGGUUUUGCUUCCCUGCAGAGACCAGGCAGGUCACACAGAGAUGACACACGCGGGUGCACUGAGGAUUCCGAGCGUGGAGGGUGAGUGAGGUUAACCUGAGCCCACGGUCUGCUCUCCAUCUUCUCAUUCCAGCCGCCUCUCUGAAUCUUCUGGAACAGCAAGGGACCUGAGGUAGCACAAGGGCCCUGCAUGCUUGUAAGCACUGUCCCCGUUUUCUGAGGGUGAAACUUGGAUCCCACAGACUGUGGGAUCCAUCCCCCCACUGAACUCCCCCUGAAUGUCCACAAUGAAUUUGCUAACAAACUGCUGCUAGAGAUUUUAAUUAACCAUAGCCUUUAUUGUCUUGGGUGCAUUAGCUCUGACCGGUCCAUAAGUAUAUUACAGAAAAUUGUUUUUGGAGUUCCCGUCAUGGCUCACUGGUUAACGAACCCAACUGGUAACCAUGAGGUUGCGGGUUCGAUCCCUGGCCUCGCUCAGUGGGUUAAGGAUCCGGCAUUGCCAUGAGCUGUGGUGUAGGUCGCAGAUGAGGCUUGGAUCUGGUGUGGCUAUGGCUGUGGUGUAGGCUGCUGGCAGCUGUAGCUCCGAUUAGACCCCUAGCCUGGGAACUCCGUAUGUUGCAGCUGCAGCCCUAAAAAAAAAAAAAAAGAAAAAAAAAUCCACUUGUAUUACAGGAGUUUAAAAUUCUCAGGUGUCUGCCGGCUUUGGCAUUUCUCCGGAUUUCUGUUCACUCACUUGAUCACUGACUUAAGUGUCUGCUUUCUUACAAGGGCUUCAUUAAUUUAAUGAGGGAGUGUGUAAUUGGAAUUCUCUUGGGUGGGGACACCAGAUACUGCUUCUAGGCAAAGAAGAGUUCUGUCCAGCUGGAGAGCAGAGCAGAGCAGUGAACAGCAGCUGGGAAACGUGGGGGAGCAGCACAUGGGGCCCUGGCCAGUACAGGUGUCCUGCAGCAUCUGACCCAAAAAGAUGGAAAGAGAUGUAGCCCUAAAGGUAUCUGAUGCUCUGCGCCACUGCAGUGUCCUCUUUACAGAUGAAAGAUUAUUUGGGACUGAAUCCAAAAGAAAUUCUAGAUUUGUAUGUAAGUAAGUUACAUCUUGUCCAUAAAUACGGGUCACACUCCUAAGACUCUGACAAGAUGUUAAGAUUCUGGGGGCAUCGCUUGUUCACUGGAACAUAUUUAUCUUCUGCACUUUACAAUCCAUCCUCGAAGUCACCUUUGGCUCAGUCAGCUCUGGGCAGUAUCUAUCAAUCUGGUCGUUUUCUCUGUUUGGUCCAAAACUGAAGGGGUGACCCUUUCUUGCCUCAGGCAUCACUGACAAUCAGAACGUCCUCCUUCCUGGGUCACUGCCAGUCUUGAGCAGGGGGACCGCAUGGGUUUGCCUUCUGUGAUAACUCACCACACCCUAGAGAUGGGAAGGAUUGUCGAAGGGGUGCCUAGACCUUUGUUUCAGGUGGUUGGUACUUUCUUCUCUCUGAAGUGAUGUCAUCACCGCGUGUGCUCUCUUGGGAGAGGGGCGCCAAAAUCUUCUUAGCAUAUUCAACUGGAGAAUCAUUUUGAACCUAGAAACACAAAGUGUGCUGGCCUCAAACAGAUGAAGAACCCAGGUGGCAUGUCUCCCCCAGCCGUCUCCUGCUUUGAGGUGAGCCCCUAGGUCUUUAAGCCACGUGUAAACCCCACAGUCAUGUGACUGACAGUGAUGAGUUCCUGGUGACGAAAGCUCUAAUUCAGAAAGUAGAGCGAAAAGGGACAAGACCUACUUGCUCGGACAGCCCAUUCGAUGUCCCUCAACUUGUGUUUCGGUUACGUAGCACUGCACCAGCAGGGUGUGCUCCAGGCGAGAGAACUCAGCAGUUGCCACUACAUCUCUAGUGCUCUUCUGGGGAGUCCCUGUACCCCCAAAUGCAGAGAUGCCCUUUAGCCCGGUAAUGAACCCUAGGCUCACCUUGGCCCCACAAUUCCCAUUUCGGCAGGAGCAGAGCCUGUCGCUUCUGCGUUUGAGUCUCAGCAGGAGGUGUGCUGUCCCCGGAUCCACCUUCUUGUACAGACCAAGAGUUUUAGCUGCAUCGCUUCUUUCCUGGGCUGUUGUUUCCAAAAACGUAGCUAAACAUGAAAAGUGAGCUUUCUCCUUUACCUGCCUUUGCAUGCAUUUGAGAUGUGAAGCCCCCCCCACUGCCAGCACAUGUGUGGCAGGAAUGAUAGGAGCUUCCUAAAGCGAUUUUGCUUCACUAAAAGGUGUCCUCCUUGCUGUGAUUUCCAGCUCUUUUCUCCUCUGGCCUUUGGACGCGUUUGCUGGCAUUUGAGUCGUCACCGUCCCUUGAGAACCUGGGUCAGAUAGAAGGGGAUCGUCAUGAACUAGGUCUUGGUUCUGACCCCAGACUCUGUCCUGGGAGAAGUGUUGUGUGGACUGGCUUCUAGGCAUUAACUGUGAGGUUCCUUUUUCUAUCUUUUUGUUGUCUCUGGGCCAGUGUCGUCAGCAGGGUUCAUCUUUAGUAUCUAAGAAAAGAGAAGUCAACAGUGCUUAAUACUGAAGCAUAUAACCUACUGUUUUCAUUCUGUCUGAACACCCUCCCACCCCAUCUCUCACAAAUUUUGACAGAAGCAGCGUUUUAUCAAUAUGACGUAGAGAAAAGUUUCUCAUGAGUAAGGAAUUCUCGUCUGGCACGUCCCGUGCAGGCACAUGGACGCAGUAGAAGCACAGCUGGUGGAAGAGACGGCGGCUGACGUCGCGGGCAUUAACCAGGCCCUGCAGGAGCAGGGGGGCUGUCUUUCAGCGCCCCACCCCGCCUCUCUGCCCUCCACUUUAAGGUGCUGAGUUGUAAGGCUCCUUCAUUGUCACUACGGGGCUGGCAUCUGCAGUCUCUGCAAAUACACUAUUUUUCAAGAGGACUGAGUAUUUUUUGUAUCUCGUUAUGUUCUCCUUGCCCAUGAAACUCCAGAGCUGUUCCUUGUAUAAUAAGAGUCUGGACUUCUCUGAGUAGAGCUCUUGGAGAAUUACACAUUUCUUCAUGGGCCAUUUUUCUCAUAUUUAGAUACACCUAUUUUUAUCCUUGGCAAACCGUCUGCCUUCUCGUUUUUCUGUCUCUUAAGGACAGAAACUCUAAGAAGUGGAGAGGAUACUUUUAGCAUCUGUUUCAGUGGAUCCAUGCCAGGUUUUCCAUGCACACCGAGAACCAGAUCCGGGAGCACCGCUUUCCUCCGAGUCAGGUUCUAGUGCCUUACACUCCAGAGUGUCACAUGGUGGGUGAGGACAGGAAGGACGGAGAAAAAGUACCUUCGGCAGAUGACUGGGAGUUGAAAGCUGCUGCAGCUCGUUUCAGCGAGAGGUCUCCAAGCAGCACAGCCAAUCCCCUCCUCUUUGGUUAACUCCGGGGAGGUAUGAAAACAUCUCUGCAAGUACUGUCAAGUGCUGGGACUCAUUUGCAUUUGUCAGUGUGCAGCUCAGCCCAGCCUCUUCAGUCUCAGUGUAGCGUCAGCGUGUGGUCCUGAAGAUGUUCAAGGCACUUUAGUAACUGGGCUCUUCCCCUGAGCCCUGGUGAGAAGGGCACACACGGGGACCGAGCGUUUCUGCCCUCUGAGAAUGCCAGAUUAACAGUACGCACUGUAUUUCUAUCAAGCCAGACUUCAAUUAUGAUUUCAUGUUACUAAGUUUAUAAAUGAAUAAACAGACAUUUGAACUACA